GUGACAUCACCAGUGUGUGACACCAGUGAAGGUAAGCAGCUCCUGAUCCUCAGCUCUCCCCAGCGCACUGCAGAGCACAAAAUGGCCAUGGAGACAGACGGCAACUGCCCCAUUUGCCAGGACACUCAGAAGGACGUGGCUUCUGCUCUGCCCUGUCACCACUGUUUCUGCCUGGGCUAUAUCCUGCGGUGGGCUCAGAGAAAUCCAUCAUACCCACUCUGCAGAAGAACAAUAGAGACUAUCAGGUUUUCUGACAGUGAAGACGACUAUCUGGAGACAGCCAUCACAGUCCCUGAGGAGCUGCCAGAUGGCAGCAGCCUGGCAGGGACAACUCCUGACGGCCUGGAUGAGAACAGCCCCUAUUUCCCAGUGGCAUCCCAUCCAUCUUCUCCACAGGGUGCACUAUCCCCACCUGAGCAGAGGGCCUCAGGGCUGGAGUUUGGAGGUGGUCUUCUUCCUGAGGUCUGGGCAGGACUUUUCCAUGGACGACAUCAGCUCCUGGACCCUGUGUGGCCCUGGCUGCGCCAGAGGCUGGAGGGAAUAUACCGGAGCUGGUGGUGGCUGGUUGAGGCCGCAGAGAGCACCAUCCUGCACGAUCUCUGUGUCGAGGGGCUGAAUGUACAGGCCUUGAUUGAGGGGCUGGAGCCUCUCCUCGAGCAACACACAGCACUGCUGGUCCAUGGUGCCAUCAACAUAAUUGUGGGCCAGUGCAGCGAGGAGUCCAGAGGCUGCUGCAAUCUGGUGCAGUCAGAGAUGAGAACAACAGCCCUGUGGGCAGAGCCAGCUCCAGCAAUUCCAGGAACUCCAGCUCCAGCAACUCCAGCUCCAAUAGCUCCAGGACCAGCAGUUCCUGGGAAAGGAGUCCCACCAGUGGUCCCAAAGGCUGUAACUUGGAGGAGGAAGUCAGCAUACUGGAGGCUGCUUCUCCCAGGGGUUCCAGGCAUCCCCCACCUGUGCCUGUCUCUGCAGAGCAGGACCAGCUCCAGGAGGAGCAGGGGCAGGCAAUGACAGUGGCAGGUCCCUCUGCCCAGGGCAGCAGCUGCAGCCUCUCUAUGUCCAGCUAGGGCAGGGAGUGAUUGCCCGGGGGAUCCUGGCACCCUCCAAACAGGAAGGCCCCCAGCUCCUAGGACUCUCCUCAGCCCAGCAAGAGGCUGCCCCACUGGUAGCAUUAGCAGAGCUCUUGCAGCUCUUUAUUCAA